GCGCGAAGAGGCGCGCCGCUGGCGUACGCAUGCGCGGGGCGACUUCUCCGUGACUGGCGGCACUGAGAGGGACCCGUUAUCGGGAGCGGCGACCCCGGCUCCGCUCGGCCCGGCGCGUCCUGGCCCGGCCCGGCCAUGUCGAAGCGGCUGCGGAGCAGCGACGUGUGUGCCGACUGCAGCGCGCCAGACCCGUGCUGGGCAUCCAUAAACCGGGGCGUCCUGAUUUGUGAUGAGUGCUGCAGCGUCCAUCGGAGCCUGGGUCGCCACAUCUCCCAGGUCAGGCACCUGAAGCACACGCCAUGGCCCACGACGCUGCUGCAGAUGGUGGAAACCUUGUACAACAACGGGGCCAACUCCAUCUGGGAGCACUCGCUGCUGGAUCCCGCGUCCGUCAUGAGCGGAAGGCGCAAAGCGAACCCGCAGGACAAAGUGCACCCCAACAAGGCCGACUUCAUCCGAGCGAAGUACCAGAUGCUGGCCUUCGUGCAUCGCUUGCCGUGCCGCGAUGACGACAGCGUGACCGCCAAAGACCUCAGUAAGCAACUCCAUUCCAGCGUCCGGACGGGGAACCUGGAGACGUGCCUGCGGCUGCUCUCCCUGGGAGCCCAGGCCAACUUCUUCCACCCGGAGAAGGGGAACACCCCGCUGCACGUGGCCGCCAAGACCGGGCAGGUCCUGCAGGCCGAGCUGCUGGCCGUCUACGGCGCCGACCCGGGCACGCAGGACUCCAGCGGGAAGACGCCCAUCGACUAUGCAAAGCAAGGAGGGCACCACGAGCUGGCGGAGCGCCUGGUGGAGAUCCAGUACGAGCUCACGGACAGGCUGGCCUUCUAUCUCUGCGGCAGAAAACCAGAUCACAAAAGCGGGCAGCAUUUCAUCAUACCUCAGAUGGCGGACAGCAGUCUCGACUUGUCUGAAUUGGCCAAGGCAGCGAAGAAGAAGCUCCAGUCGCUGAACAACCACCUGUUUGAGGAGCUGGCCAUGGACGUCUAUGACGAGGUGGACCGCAGAGAGGCCGACGCAGUGUGGCUGGCCACGCAGAACCACAGCACGCUGGUCACCGAGACGACGGUGGUCCCUUUCCUCCCGGUCAAUCCGGAGUACUCCUCCACGAGGAACCAGGGAAGGCAGAAGCUGGCCCGGUUUAACGCCCACGAGUUUGCAACACUCGUCAUUGACAUUCUGGGGGACGCCAAGCGGAGGCAGCAGGGCAGCCCCGUCCCGGGUUCCAAAGAAAACGUGGAACUAAUCCUGAAGUCGAUCAACAGCCAGCACAGUUCCGAGGCUCAGGAUAACGACCAGCCGGACUACGACAGCGUCGCCUCCGACGAGGACGCAGAUCUGGAUGCGGCCACGGCCAAGGCACCUCGGCAGAAGAGCCUGGAUUCAGACUUGUCCGACGGGCCCAUCACUGCCCAGGAGUACCUGCAGGUUAAAAAUGCUCUCGUGGCUUCGGAAGCGAAAAUCCAGCAGUUGAUGAAGGUGAACGUCAACUUGAGCGAUGAGCUGCGGACGAUGCAAAAGAAGCUUCAGACGCUGCAGAGCGAAAACACGAGCCUUCGGCGGCAGGCCUCCACCAGCGCCUACCAGACGCCGUCCGGCUCGGAAUACGCCGAUGCCGGCGGCCACACCUCCCUCAUGCGGCGGCCCUCGGCACGGAGCAGCCGGCCGAUGUCGAUGUAUGAGACAGGAUCGGCCCCGAAGCCCUACCUGCCCUUAGCUGAGGUCUCCUACCCCGAGGAGCGCAUCACAUCGCGGCUCCAGCCGUUCCCUCCCCAUGCCUCCAAACUGGAAAAGCAGAGCAGCCUGCCGGAGGGCGACUACGACAACACCGUCCCCGCCCUGGAGCUGGACGAGACGGGGCUCGGCAGGAAGGUCCGGCAGCGGACUGCCUUCCGGCACGGGGAGGGGCCCCUCUCGGAGGGCAAGGACCCCGAGGCCAUCUCCAGCAGCAGCCUCCCCAGCACGGAGGACGUCAUCCGCAAGACGGAGCAGAUCACGAAGAACAUCCAGGAGCUGCUGCGGGCGGCCCAGGAGAACAAGCACGACAGCUAUGUGCCCUGCUCCGAGAGGAUCCACGUGGCAGUGACGGAGAUGGCCGCCCUCUUUCCGAAGAAGCCCCGCUCGGAGCUGGUGCGCACCUCCCUGCGGCUGCUGACCGCGAGUGCCUUCCGCCUGCACUCCGAGUGCGCCAAGGCGCUGGCCCCGGACUCCUGCCCCACCGCCGACGUCCAGCUGGUCACCCAGCAGGUCAUCCAGUGCGCCUACGACAUCGCCAAGGCCGCCAAGCAGCUCGUCACCGUCACCACCAAGGAGAACACCAACUGAGGCCGGCUGGCCGAGCGUCUCCGCCGGGGCCCCACCACGGGCGGCUCGCGUUUGUGUGCGUUUUUUACAGGAGUAUUUAAGGUGGAGCAUUACCUUUAUUAUUAUUUUUUAAGGAACCUCAGUAUUAAAUUUCCUUGCAUGUUUUUUUCUAAAGAGCCUCUCCCCAGGUUUCCUGUAGCCCACUGCCUUAUUCUGUGAAGCCCGUGCAGAGCGCCCGUGUGUCGGGGGCCGGCCUGAGCCCGCCCGCCUGCCCGCACACUGCCCGCUCUCAAGGCAUCCCCCUUGCUGGGCAGGGCGGGGCGGGGCAGGGUGCGGAUCCUGCUCUCCCCGCAGCAGCUGUGGGCACAGAGGCACAUGCUGCCGUCCAGGCCCCUCCGGGAGCCCUGCUGCGCAACCCAGGGACACACUCAAACCACCAAGUGGCGCGUGCCGUGGCACCACCCGGCCUGGCCCUCAUCUCCGCGGCUUCUGGAGCCCCUCCCUCCUCCGCUCGGCCACGGGGCGGGGGGGCAGGAGCAACAGGGACGGCCGUGCCCCUCUCCUCGUCUCCAGCUGGCCCACUGUGCUCCUUAUGCCCCACGUGGGAAGCGGAUUUUCUGGAUCUGUCGGAAAAGGCCGUUGAUGUGGCACAUGCUGCUGAGCUUCGCCUCCUGCCCAGCGCAGGAAAUGCUUUGCCGUCCGCGCCGCCCUCCUGCCCGGGCGGGGGACUCGCUGGCGCGGUGCCGGUGCUCGGAUGCGGGAAGCGUCGAGCUGGAGCGCCGUGCUGGCUGUGCAGGCGGCCCAGCCCGGCCUUUCCGCACCCGCCACCUCCGAAGGCGCGGACCAGCUGGGACGCUUUUGCGGGCCAACAGCUCUGGAAGGCGGGCUUGCGUGAGGUCAGUCCGACGUUGGGGGAAGGCGCGGAAGCGAUGGAGGGGGCGAGGGAAGGUGCAGGUCUCUGUGUUGCUUGCCACUUAAUCAUGGGUUGUUCGAGGGGCUAUUAGAUGGGGUGUUAACCACAAACGGCCCCAAGUUCACAGCUCAGCAGCCCACUGUGGAUGAUGAGCCUGGUGUCUGGUGCUUGUACCACGCCAGCUGAGACGGCUUCCCGCAGAGUGGCCGGUGGUUCUAGGGGCCGUUUGAGCCACAGGGACUUGUCGUGCCCCCAGCAGAGCGAUUUGCACAUGGGUGCAGGGACUGGUGAACGUGCCGCUUGGCAGAAGCAGCAGAAGCCCUCGCUGCUCUUUGCGAUUUCAGCCUUACAAGUGCCGGUGGCCACUGCUCCACGUGUCCAAGCCUCACGUCGGAGUGGCCACCACUGGUUUGCCGCCCCAUUCCCCCCCCCCCAGAAAAUUGGGCAAAUUUUGUAGUCAUUUUCUCUCAUGUGUGCUCUUCGGGCUGUCUGUGUCGUUUUCUCCGGUCAGUUUCCUUGUGUGUUUGAGCAGACGGAGGGGGAGAGCGGCACCAGGUCGGGGGGGUGUGCAGCCGCCAGGGACCAGCGGCCAGGAAGUCAAGCGAAAGGCGCCCAGAGGGGCGGAGUGGCUGGCACUCCUCCUGGCACAAGCCCCUUGCUCCGCCCUGCGAGAAGCCUCGGGAUGCCGAGUCGGUGCGUGGGUGGAUUUUGCGGAGGGACGAUGGCUAGCAGAGGACUGGCGUGUCUCCUGGAGGGAGAGUGGCGGUCAGUGGCCAGGGUGGCUGUCUGUGGGCAGCAGCGCUUCAAACGAGGGGUGCCCCAGGCCGGUUCGGCUGGUGUCCCCGCACGCUGCAGCGCCAUGUCCUGACCCAUGCGCCGCGUCAAGCCGAGGGAGCCUUAGUCGCGCUCGGCUCGGCUUGCGUGGGGAAGGCGCGGUCUCGUUCGGCCUCCCCUCCCCCUCCGGGUGUGCUUGACUACAACUCACAUCAUUCCGCUUGCCCACGCUGGGCGGGAAUGCUGGAUGUCUGAGUCCCACACGCCCUCUCCAGCGUAGCCAAUUCCUUCAGAGAAGCACAAGGCCCAGCAUUGGCCGGCGUGCCGGGAAAGGCGGCCCUGCUGCAGCCCGCAGGGGAGGGGAGGCCGGGUGGGGGGACGGCCUUGCGCUGAGCGGGGAGCCCCAGGCGUCGGCGCUGGGCACCCGGCCGUCUCCGCAGGUCCUCGGGCAGCCCCGACCCUCCCGGUGCAGUCGGUCACAGAGCCAGCCCAGGCCCCCGCAGAGCCUGCCCGCAUGGUGGCGGUGGCUGAGGGGGCCGGGAGCGAGGGGGGGCUGGCCCCGAAGGGGAGGAAGGCUGCCUGCCCUUUCCAGCCCGUUCUUGCACCCCCUUGGCGAGAGACACGAUCGGCCCCGUGGCCGAGCCCUCAGCCCCCCUCCCGGGAUAAAACGGGCCGGCCGCUCCGUGGCUCCAGGUCUGCUGGGCGGGGGCUCGUGUUUCUGGAAGGAUCCGCCCAAGUUGCAGCGGGGGGGCGGCGGGAGGGAAGGAGGGGCGUGUGUGAUUUACCCUGUUGGUAUUUAUAUAUUAAAAUCAAGUGCCAUAAUAUUGUUGGAUGCUGAUGUUACAUUGUAAUUAACUGCCUUUUUUAAAAGUAUUGUACUAUUUUUGGGUUAAAACAAAUAGGUAGAGCGUU